AAUUAGGUACAGGGCCAUUCAGGUCACCCUGUCCCUGCAUGCCUCUGUCAGCGCCAUUGGCACCAUCGCGGACUCAAGCGAUGGGGUCACCCACACUUGCCCAUCUUCAGGGAUAUAACCACUCGCCCCCAGUCAGACUGUGUUUGGCCCUGGCUGGCCAGGACCUUGCUGACUACCUGGUGAAGAUCCUCAUGGGGCCUGCUACAGCUUCAUCACCACAGUGGAGUGGGGGAUUUGUGCGUGACAUCCAGAAAAAUCUGUGCUAUGUUGCCUUGGACUUGCAGCAGGAGAUGGCCACUGCCGUGUCCUCUUCCUCCCUGGAGAGGAGCUACGAGCUGUUCCACAGCCAGGUGGUCACCAUCAGCAAUGAGUGGUUCUGGUGUCCAGAGGCACUGUCCCAGCCCUCCUUCCUGGGCAUGGAAUCUUGUUGCAUCCAGGAGACCACCUUGAACUCCAUCAUGAAGUGGGAUGUGGAUAUCUGCAAGGACCUGUACACCAAUGUGGUGCUGUCUGGCAGCAUUGCCAUGCACCCAAGCAUCACACACAGGAUAUAGAAGGAGAUCACUGCGCCGGCACCCAGGGCCAUGAAGAUCAAGAUCAUGGCUGUCUCUGAGCACAAGUAUUCCAUGUGGAUCAGCAGCUCCAUCCUGGCCUCACUGUCCACCUUCCAGCCAAUGUGGAUCAGCAUGCAGGAGUGUCACCAGUCAGGCCCUCCACUGUUCAAUGCAAAUGCUUCUAAAUGGACUGUGAGGAGAUAUGUAGCCUGUGAUGCCUGAGUCAAUUCAGAAGUAUAAAUUUGUCCCUGGCAAAUGUAUACAUCUCAUGCUAGCCUUAGGAAACCGAAACAACCAUUUGAAAAGAAAUUUGUCAGGCUGGUUGCGGUGGCUUAUGCCUGUAAUCCCAGCACUUUUGGAGGCCCAGGUGGGCGGAUCACCUGAGGUUGGGAGUUUGAGACCAGCCUGACCAACAUGGAGAAAGCCCGUCUCUACUAAAAAUACAACAUGAGCUGGGCGUGGUGGUGCAUGCCUGUAAUCCUAGCUACUCGGGAGGCUGAGGCAGGAGAAUCGCUUAAACCUGGGAGGCAGAGGUUGCAGUGAGCUGAGAUCGCAUCAUUGCACUCCAGCCUGGGCAACAAGAGUGAAACUCCAUCUCAAAAAAAA